GUUGGGGCCACCGUACUGCGUCAUUCAUGAUGUCAUUAGCAAAAAAAGGAAGCUCCACAAAGUAGAUGUUAAUUACCAAUAAUUCAAAACAAAAACAAGUUUAGGUUGAGCCACUUUAUCACAAUAUCUGUUAAUUUAUAUCGAUGAUCUGAUUAAUUGUGAUUGGUUGCGUUCAGAGCACGCGCUCCAUGGUUUACCGCUGUUCAGUUGAAGAGAUUUAGCUACCGAUGCUAGGCGGCAUGCUAACAUCACGAGGUUGACAUCUCAUGUGCAGUGGAUCAUGUCGGACCUGGACAGCCUCAUUGUCACCUUUCAGAGCCAGCUCUCUGAUGUGAUGGAGGCUCUGUUGAAAACGGCGAUGUUUGAGGUGAGCAGGCUGGUGGAGGAUGUCUUCAUGGUGGAGGUGAAGCGCAGCAAACAGCAGGUGGAGUCUCUGAGGCUGCAGCUGCAGUGGACUGAGGGCAAACACGGAGGGGACUCACAACACAGCGACCAGUCUGUGGGGAGUGACGCCGAUCAGAGUCCUGAAACUUUAAAAGUAGAGGAGCGACAUGAUGACUCCAUGGGUGACAUGACCAAUCCAGGGGAUGUGGUUGAACAAUGGUUGUCAAAUCAAGGGCAAGAAUGCAAAACAGGGUCUGCAGAAAAUCCAGAAAUCCUUCAGAGCCCCCUAAAAGGGUCAAAGUUAACAGAAGGGAACGAAAUCAUUUCAACUUUGGAAAUGAAAGAGGAAGAAGUAAAGAAACCAUCUUGUUCUUCCCUGCAUAUGAGACAGUGGUGCAAGACUCCAGAUUGUGAAGCUGAAUCAGAGACCCCAGGUGAGGUGGUAGAAGCACAGCCAACACCAACCCAGGGAAACACAGAAGAGUUACUGAGGAAUGUUGUUAAGAGAGACCCACAGAUGUCUACUGUAUGCGUGUUUCCUGACAACCACGAGGAGACGGACAUUGCUGCAGAGAAAACCAGUGUUUUAGGUUUUGGACUCCAUUCAAGGUGGGCUGACCUGUCGGCCACAGCAGCUGGACUUCUGCAUAACCACAAGCUGGCCCAAGAAGGUGGAUUUGAUAAAGGGUCUGUGAAUUAUAUGGAACAUGAGCUAUCCAGCCCAGUCAGAGCAGAUGUUCAGUUUACUUUAGUUAAAGAUCAAGCAUCUUGCUCUAAAUCUCCUAAAGCCAGACUGCAACCCAGCAACACCCUGGGGGUGACAGUUAAAGAGGAGGUCAUGGUUGAUUCUGAUGAGUUUAAGGAAAGUGGGGCUGCAGAAAAACCACCAUCAAAGGCUGGUAAAGAACCAUUCACCUGUUUGUCACAGGAACAGAGGGUGCACUCAGAAACACACAAACCAAAUCAUAUUUACCACAGAUCCUUGGUACAGGAGGGAGUGAAGCUUCAUUCUCACAAGGGUUCAGGACUCAGGCUACAGACAUCUAUGCAGCACCUCCACCGGCCCCUUAAGAAAGCCACACACAAACUGUCCCACAUGACGACAACAGCGCACUCUGAUGCUCACUCUCAGGUUGUACACUUAAUUAACCCCCACUAGAGGCUCCCCACCAUCUAAAAGCACUCCCUCCACACUGUCAGUGCAGUGUGUUCACAAACAGACCUUAGCUCUGAACCGAUCCAAUGCCUCAUUGGUUGGCAUCAAAUCCUACAAUCAGUCUCUUCCCUCUGCUGCCUCCCUUUCUGAUUCCCAGCCCUUCAGGCCCUUCCUACAAUGUGAGGAGUGUGACAAAAGCUUUCCUCAUCCCAGCAGGUUGAAAGCCCACAUGCAGAUUCACACAGGCGAGCGGCCUUUCCGUUGUCCUCUCUGUGGCCACACUUUUACUAAGCUGAGCAACCUCAAAGCCCACCGGCGCGUCCACACAGGGGAGAGACCGUACUGCUGCUUGGCAUGUGGCAAACGCUUCACCCAGAAAUGUAACCUGAAACGCCACCAGAGGAUCCAUCUUGAUGUUUGACUGUGGAAAUUUAAAGGAAUAAGAAAAAUGUGGGUGUGUGUCAUAGAUUAGGAGGCUUUAAGGCCUAUGUUACAGUUUGUGUGCUGCAUCAGAUGACUGCAUAUCUGAAUUUGAAUAGUUUGUCUCAUUCCUACAAGGCUCAUUUGCUAAAGUUGUGCAAGGCUUACUGUAGGAUGAGAGACACUGCUGUAAGUAUCAUGCUGUUUGAUGGGCCAGCUGUAAGUUAUACAUCAAUGUGAACGUUUAGUUAUUUUGUUUAGUUAUUAUGUCGACUGUAAUACAUUUACAAAAUUCAUAAAAAUAUUGGCACUUAAA